GAACAUUCGACUUCCCUGCAAACCUUGGUAUAGAUCACUUCCUUUUCUGUUAGGAAACGAAAGGCACCAAAGAGCACAAUGAGUACAAGAAAGCAUCGAGGUGGAGCAAUAAAUUCUAGACAAGCCCAGAAGCGAACACGGGAAGCAACCUCCACCCCUGAGAUUUCCUUGGAAGCAGAACCCAUAGAACUCGUGGAAACUGCCGGAGAUGAAAUUGUGGACCUCACUUGUGAAUCUUUAGAGCCUGUGGUGGUUGAUCUGACUCACAAUGACUCUGUUGUGAUUGUUGACAAAAGAAGAAGACCAAGGAGGAAUGCUAGGAGGCUGCCCCAGGACCAUGCUGACAGCUGCGUGGUGAGCAGUGACGAUGAGUUGUUGUCCAGGGACAGAGACGUGUAUGUGACUACCCACACUUCCAGAAACGCCAGGGAUGAGGGCGCUACAGGCCUCAGGCCCUCCGGUACUGUCGGUUGUCCUAUCUGCAUGGACAGAUAUUCAGAGAUCAUGCAGAAUAGACGUCUCAUCGUUUCCACAGAAUGUGGCCAUGUCUUCUGUAGCCAGUGCCUCCGUGAUUCCCUGAAGAACGCUAAUACUUGCCCAACUUGUAGGAAAAAGAUCAACCACAAACAGUACCUCUCCAUUUAUAUAUGAAGUAUUCAGAGACGCCCAGGAGAGAUGGAU